UCCGCUCCGUUGCGCACGCGCCGGGCGCGAAAGAACACAUCGCACGCGGGUGCCAGUCCCGCGGCGCCUGUGGAUGGGUUCACGCGGGGUUCAGAGGGCAGCAUCGCCGUCCGAGUCGACGGAGGGGGCAGCGCAGCUCGUGAUGUCUCCAUAUGGUGCCGGCUCCUCGGGUUAGAUCUUACGCAACAGCGACAGCAGCGGCGGCGGCAGCAGCACCAUGACCGUGAAGCGCGGCCGCGACAUCGACUGGGCCCGCUUCGGGCUGCGCAGCGAUGGCGCCGACGGCGGGGCCUUCGACGAGUCGACAGGACACAGCGGCCGAGCCUCCGGAAACCCGGGCGGGGACGAGCUCUUCCACCAAGACCUCAGCGCCAAGGCCAAGCCCUGGUGGUCGGCCAACUUCUUCGUCUCGGAGCCCGUGCUGUUCGGCACCUGGGACGGCGUCUUCACCACAUGCAUGAUCCACCUGUUCGGCGUCAUCGUCUUUCUGCGCUCCGGAUGGAUAGUGGGCAACGCGGGCGUGGAGCACGCCCUGCUCAUGGUGCUGGCCACGGUGGGCGUGUGCACCUUGGCCGUGCUGGCCGGCAUCGGCGUCUGCGAGCGGUGCCACCUCGAGUCCGGCGGACUGCACGUGCUCCUGUCGCACAUUCUGGGCGUGCGCGUGGGCGGGGCCGCAGCACUCAUCUACUGCUUCGGACAGGCGGUGAGCAGCGCCCUGCACGUGAUGGGCUUCGCCGAGUCCAUGGGCCAGCUGCUGAAGAUGGAGGAAGACCCGUGGCUGCAGCGGGGAAUCGCCUCGGCGCUCGUCCUCCUGCUGCUCGGGAUCAACGUCGCGGGCGUCAAGUGGGUCGUUCGCCUCCAGUUCGCCCUGCUCAUCAUUUUGCUCAUGGCCGCGCUGGACUUCGCCGUGGGGACGUUCGUGAGCUACGACUCAGAGCACGGUGUGACGGGCUACAAUCUGGCGACCCUUAAGAACAACAGCUUCCCUCGGUACGGCGACGGCCAGAACUGGUUCACAGUGUUCGGCGUCUUCUUUCCGGCCAUGACGGGCGUCUUCGCCGGCAUCAACAUGAGCGACGACCUCAGGAACCCCGUGCAGGACGUGCCCGCAGGCACGAUGGCCGCCGUCGGAACGUGUUUGUUCCUGUAUCUGGUAUUUGUCCUCGGUCUGGGAAGCACGUGUCAGCGCUGGGCUCUCACCACGGAUUACCUCAUCGCCGAAAAGGCGUCCGCUAUCGGCGUCAUGGUGCUGUCCGGCCUGUACAUCUCUUCCAUGUCAGCGUGCCUAGGGGCUCUGUACCUGACGCCUCGCAUUCUGCAGAACAUGGCGAACGACGGAAUCCUCCCGUUCAGCAAGCAGCUAAGCAUCGGAAAGGGCCCCAACAAGGUUCCUGUGGUGGCGCUGGUGCUGUUCGCGCUGGUCACCUUCCUGUUCAUCCUGGCGGGCCAAGUGAACACGCUGGCGCCGCUGGUCACCAUCCCGUUCCUGCUGACGUACGCGUGCGUCGAGUACGCCUACUUCUCCAUGGCCAUGACCUACGACAUCCAGCGCCGGCGCAACGAGCGCUUCCGCCAGCAGGCGGCCAUCAUCCGGGCCCAAACGACGGACAAAACCAGCUACGGGGCGCUUGGCGACGCCAAGGUUGCCACGAGCGACUUGGACCAGCUAUUUCCAGAACGCGUUCACGACAAGACGGCCAUACCACGUGACCACAGCAGCGUAACCACGACAGAAUCGCCGGUGACAUCACCAGACGAGCACAGCUCUAUACGGAGUGCGGAGAGCAGGGAUUCCAACGCCGACCAACCAAGGGGCCAGCCGGAGUCCUGCAUUACUGACAAGACUCACCUCCUCACUAAAGGUCGGGAACCAUGGCCCGAGAUAUCAAAGAAAUCAAACACCUGGUAUGCGAGACUAUGCAAUCGCUGGAUUGCAGUGCUUGGGAUCUUCGUGAAAUUGACAAUUAUGUUCCUUGUGCAAUGGGGCUAUGCAUUGGCAUCCAUCUUUCUACUGAUCUUCCUUUGGCUCUGCAUUGGAAGGACCAAGCCAGGAGCUUUUCCAGGGGUCACCGAAUUCAAACUGUUCCCAUGGCUACGCAAUUUAUUCCUGCGUUGCAUAGGGAAGAAGCCUACAGACUAUGAGCAAAUAGUGGUGGCCCCCACAUGCCCCGGAGUCUCAACAAUGGAGUCUCAGCUAAAUGACGAAAACGUCGAUUACGCAUCACGGCACCGAUACCAUCACUCUACCACCCUCCAAACAUCAUCACAUUUCCAGCAACAUUCCGACGACAGUGAAUAAGUCACGAGGGCUUCAGGUACUGCAAUGAGUCUUAAGUGGCUGCUUUUAAGGGCAUAUUGAAAAACGACUCUGCCAUUUCUUCCCAAAAGGCAAAAUUACAACCUAACAAUAAGCAACAAAAGCAUGAGCUUUGUUCAUUCCAAGGUUACAAAUGAUUAGCUCAAUGUUGAAGGCAUUUCAUACGCAUUAGCCACAGGAGGAUAGACAACAUGCAGAAGGCCACAAAUGAGCCCCCCACCUCCACAUGGCUGGAAUGCUGCUAGCAACAUGUCCGAAGUAAACCUGAAAGUGGGAACAACGUAAAUCCAAUGCACCUACAGCGGACCUAUAUUGGCCUCGUUUUUUGUUUUGCUAGGGAUGACAGAAUUGAUGAUCAAAGAACAACGCUCACUUAAACUAGCAGACCGGCUGCAACAAGUAGAAAGUACAGUUCGUGGAACUUUUAAUAGUGACAAUUGAUACGCAUUUCUUACUCUGCCUUCUGAAACCCACUGCCUGUAUCAGUGAAGAUCACUUCGUCUAGAAUAACAGAAUGCUACCGAAUAAAGUGGCAUAUAGCAUCUAAAACUACUAACAAACAAAGCAGAAGCAUGCCAUUGUUAAGCCAAAUCUAUCUGCAAGCACUUUUGCUCCGUGCUCUGCACUUGAAGUGCACAAUGUGCCACAAUCUAAGCAACAUUUCAGCCAGUUGAAGAACCUAGACCCCAGAGUUCUGCAUGUCAUAUAUUGUCAUUCCACUGGCCUAGUUGUAGUUAGCCCUAGUCGUUCGUUACCCACCGGGUGCUUCUCCAACUGCUGCAUGACCGACCAAGACAGCAAAGGCUAAGCCACGCUUACACACCACUGUGGAACACAUUCUCACCUCUUUAUCAAAACAAGAGCAUAUAGAUUUAUCAUCAAACUAUUAACACGCUUCCAAAGCUGUUCCAGGAAUAUUGUGAUGUAUGAACUCAACACCUAUUCCUACACUUUGAAGCAAUGUAACAUACUUUCCUAAACGUUUUUCAAAGUGCAAGAGGAACUGUUAUGCUAUGGUAUGUGUGACGCGCAUUGAUUUUAUGUGCAAGAUGUACUUAGCAUGCACCCCAAUGGGACAAUCGAGGCUAAAGCUACUUUCAAUGCGCUCCCCCGUCCUCCUAUUUAUUCCAAUUUUUCAACAAUACAGAAAAUACAAAACAGCUUUGAUGCUCUAACAAAGAACAAGCAACAAAUUGUUUUUAUGCAUGUAAUGCCUGUGGUUGGAAAAAAAGAAACAUGCAAUGUUGCAGUCAAGGCAGCAUUUUGGUAAUGCAGUGGACUGCUUCUACUCGUGUACAAUGCACCUCAGAGCCCACGUGUCAAAGUCUGUGUGAGUAUGAUGUAUGUUACUGAAAUGGGACAGUACACUCUUACUGUGCAAAUGACAAUGGCUUUGUGUGACAAAAAAAAAGAAAAAAAGAAGGAAGUGAUACGUUGAAUAAAUUAUGUUUAUGUUGUCA